ACUGAACCCUGCGCCCCCUACUGGCAGAGACACCAACAGACAGCAAACUGAUGACGUGGUUCGGUCCGUUGACCAGAGCAGCAGUAUGGCCGACCAGAGCAGGCAAAUAAAACUCGCUGCAGCUAAGAAAAAGCUGAAGGAGUUUCAGCAGAAGAGCUCCCCUGCAAGUGUGGGAGGAGAGAGGGGUGGUGGAGGAGGAGGUGGUGGUGGAGCAGGGGCAAAGAAGAAGAGAAAGGUGAAGGGAGCGAGCCAACACGAUGCACAUUCAACGGACAGAAACUCUCCAAUCAAUGCCUUUGCAGAUGCUGAGGCCAUGGGGUCUUCAGUUCCUCAGCUGCUGGAGGACCAAAUGGGCGAGCCCGGUCGUAGCUCACCUGUGUCUAACCCCGCUAGCGCUAACACUACUACUAACACUGAGUCUGUCAGUCACAACACUGACCUGCAGGACUAUCCUGAUACCAAUGGCAAUGAGAGUUUAACAGAGGAAAAUAGACCACUGUCUUCCACCGAGAGCUUGCGACAACUCUCCCAACAACUGAACGGCCUGGUCUCUGAGUCAUCUGCUGCAUAUGUGAAUGGGGACAGUGCAUCCCCUGGCAAUGAAAGAGAACUCGAGAGUCAGAACCAGGAGCUGGCAGCCGCCCUGGAGUCCAGCAACCUAACAAACUCUCAGCUCAAUACCAAGCUAGACCAGCUGGCACAGCAAUCUCAGGGGCUCUCGGAUCAGUUACAAAAGGAGCGAAAAGAAUUUGAACAGAGAUUUUCAAAAGAGCAGGGAGCCAUGCGGGAGCAAUUACAGGUUCACAUCCAGACCAUUGGUAUACUGGUAUCAGAGAAAUCAGAGCUACAAACAGCACUACAAUACACACAACAGGCUGCACGGCAGAAAACAGCUGAGACGGAGGAGUUGAAUAACCGCUUGCAGGCAUCAAAGCAGAGAGUCUCGGAGUUGGAGAGAACUCUGUCCACUGUCUCGUCACAGCAAAAACAGUUUGAAAAGCACAACAAAGAGCUUGAAAAGGAGCGAGACAACCUGAGGCUAGAGAUGUUUAGACUUAACAAUGUGAGUGAGGAGUCGAAGCAGCAGAACUCAGAGAUGUCAGAGCAGCUAAAGCUGAGAACACAGGAGAAUAGUGCAAUGAGGCUGGAGGUGGAAGAUCUUCGCAAGAGGCUCGAGAUAGCUGACCUCAUGUUGCAACAGUGCUCCAAUCAGUCAGAUCCCACCAGUGCAAACCAGCAGGUCCAAUUACUGUUGGAAGAGAAGCAGCAGCUGGAAGCACACGUUCACCAGAUGAUGGAGUCAAUUGCCCAGCUGCAGACGGAGAGGGAUUGUUAUGCUGUGCAGAUCCAGGAGGAGGGCCGUGUAUGGAAAGACAAAACAGAACAGCUGCUAACACAGGUGAAUUUGGUUGCAGAGGAGAGGGACAGAAACAUCAACCGAGUCCAAGAGCUGGAGGCUAGCAUCACAGAGCUGAAAAACGCUGCAGCGUUAUUGUCGCAGGAGAGAGAAGCUCAGGAUAAUGCAGAGCCUCAGUCCUCAGGCCCAUCAGAGAGUGAGGUGGUGCUGCAGGAGGCCCUCAACACUCUGCAACAGGAGAAAGAUGCUCUUUCUGCACAGUACCAGGCACAGCUGCGAGAUAAUGAGCAGCUGAGCCGCAUGUGUGCAGAGCAGGAAACACGUCUGGGGGAGAUGGAGCGGCAGGUGCAGAGCCAUGUCCAGGAGGAAGAGGACCGCCGGCGCAUGUUGGAGGAUGUUCAGUCAGACAAGGCCACUAUUAGCCGUGCUCUCACCCAGAACCGUACACUGAAGGACCAGCUGGCUGAGCUACAGAACGGUUUUGUCAAAUUGACUAAUGAAAACAUGGAGCUGACAACUGCCAUCCAGUCAGAGCAACAUGUGAAAAAGGAGCUGGCCCGCAGAAUGGGUGAACUGCAGGAGGAACUGCACAAUGUGAAGGAGCAGCUGGAAAUGAAAAGUACAGAGACUCAGGGUCUGAUACAGCAGAGAGACCAGGUCCUGGCCCACUUGCAGCAGUACAGUGCUGGCUACCAGACCCUGGCCUCAGAGAGGGAACAGCUCCACCACCAGUACCUGCAGCAGAUACAGCUCAUGGACCGGCUCCAGCACGAUGAAAGCCAGGGCCGCGUGCAGCUGGAGAUCAGUCACAAUCAGCUUAAACAGGCACAGGAGCAUUUGCAGCUGUUAGUUAGAGACAACGAGCAGCUGAAGGCUGAGGUGAAGGAGCUCCUCAACAGCUCAGCUCUUGCUUCAACAUCCAGAGACCAAGGCGAUGGCGUGGAAAGCCAGUCCCUGCAGGAGAGCCCAAAGAAAUCCACCUCCAUUGUUAUCCCCAAUGACUUUGAGAGCCAGAAAGAGAUGGAGGAGUUUAUCCGAGGAGCUUUGGCUCAGUUGGAGGCGGAGAGGGACGAGGCCAGAAGGCAACUGGAGGAAGAGCACAGGCUGCACAUGGCAGCCCGGCACCAGACCGCACUGGCCCUCAGCCUUGAACACCAACACUACAGCCACCAACCUGCUCAUGAACAGCAUCAUGAGCACGAGCACGAUCACGAUCACACUCAGGACCACCACAGUCACUGUGAACACAGUCAUGAUCAUUCAGAAGGAGGAGUACCAGUGGAAGUUCAUCAGGCCCUGCAAGCUGCCAUGGAGAAGCUUCAGCAGCGAUUCACCUCCCUCAUGCAAGAGAAGGCAGACCUGAAGGAGAGGGUGGAGGAGCUGGAGCACCGCUGCAUCCAGCUGUCUGGAGAGACAGACACUAUUGGGGAGUACAUAGCCCUGUACCAGAGUCAGCGGGCCAUCAUGAAGCAGAAACACCACGAGAAGGAGCAGUACAUCAGCAUGCUGGCCCAGGACAAGGAGGAGAUGAAGGCAAAGCUGGCAGAGCUGCAGGAUCUGGUGAUGAGGCUGGUGGCUGAGAGGAACGAAUGGUACAGCCGCUACACCGGAGCUGCAGGCCAAGUGAACCCCGACCUGCUUCCUGUUGGAGAGGAUCACGCUCACUCAGUGCACCAAGCACACGCACACACAGAGCUUAAUGCUGCCAGCGGAGCAGAAGCCAUGGAGGUCAUCCCUCUGUCAGAGCCCACCACAGGUCCAGAAGCCCCCUCGUCCCAGACGCUUCCAACCGGGUCAGCCCAGACCGACUCCAGGUCCCGGGGGCCCAAAGAGGACGGCACAGCCCAGCAGAUCAUGCAGCUGCUCCAGGAGAUCCAGAACCCCCAGGCACUAAGAUCACCCCCCUUCCUCGGGGAGAACCCCUGCAUCCCCUUCUUCUACCGGCCUGACGAACAGGACGAAGUCAAGAUCCUGGUGGUGUGAGGUGUGGGUGUGACAGAGGCUGGCGUGUUGUCGUGUGUGUGUGUGAGAGAUAAUGGACAUGUCUUGAAGUCUGGGGAAUAUUGAACACCACAGUUUACCAUAUUUGAAGCUUAUUUAUCAUAUUCACAAACACUUGGAAAACUGGUCACAGAUGUGUGAAACAUUAAAAAGCCCCUUCUCUGUUCUGUGUGUUCGCUAUGAUGUGUGCACAGUUUAAAAAAUUGAAGAGUUUGUUGUUUUUAUGUUUUGCUUUCUUUUUUGAUGCUCUUCCCAGAGAUGAGAUAAUCAGUAUUCCUUAACAAAAUCUGAUUUUUCUCCUUACCACAAUUUUUAAUUCCAUCCUUCCUCUUGUCUCCCGUCUUACACACAAGUGCAAUAAAAGGGGUCGUAUAUUCUGUCCCCCUCGCUGAAAAAGUACUUAAAGAGCUGUUUGAAAAAAAUAAGUAGCCUGUUUGUGUGCAACUUUUUUUAGUGCAAAUCUCAGUUUUACACAAUUCACUGUACAAAUGCCAAAAAAGAGCAUCACGUUUGAAUGUAAUAACCUAAAUAUUUACCUGUAUGUUUUUGUAAUGGGAGGAUAAGUGGUGGCGGUGUAAAAGGGGAGAAAGAGUAGAAGAGAUAAUAGAGUGAAGCGCAAGUCAAGUGCACAUAAAAGCUUUUGAACUGUAGGCGCUGUUCUUAUUUCAAAGUCAAGAGCUCGCUAGUUACACAGUUAGGUCCAGGAAGGUGAAGGCAGGUGUCGCAGAUUGAUACUGCUCCUGAAACUACAUUUUCUUUACAUCGUCUUUGUCCUCCAAACACUGAAAAUAAGUUGUUGGUGUUAAUGUAUGUGAAGCGUUUUGUGUCGUGAUGUCAAACAUCCUGUUAGACUGAGAAAAGUCAGCACCGUUACAAAAAAGGUGUUUCUGUCUGUAGGGGGAUAGAUGCAAUUUAAAGACCACAUGAAGACAAAAAUACAUUUUAGUCAAACUUAUUAAGGCAUUAUUUUCUCAUUAGAAGGUUGUCUUCUUGUAUUCUGAUAAAUAAGAGCUUGGGGUGCGAUGCUAGAGGCUGCUUUUCAAAAUAUUGUCUGCAAGUUGGUCUUUCUUUUUAUCUUGUGUGAUGGAUACCGAGGUGCAGUCACUUGAGGAAAUUACAGUAAACAUGGUGUUAAUGUAA